AUGUCCUCUCGAACCCCAGAUAUUUCCCCUUCUUCUUAUGGUAAUAAUGAUGAUAUCCAUGACCUUGCUUUUGCGAAAAGAGGUUGCUGUUGGAUCCCAUUUUCAACCACAGAUCCAACGUCAUCCAGCGGUACUGUUGGAUCAGCCUUUUGGCAACGAAUCAAGCCUGUCGACUGCACAGCGGACCAAGAAUCAUGGUGGUUUCGGGAAUGGAUGAAAAUUCGGGAUUGGUCAGAGCAAGUUGCAGGCCCCAAAUGGAAAACAUUUUUGCGGAAGUUUAAUAAGAAGACAGGAGGUGGCAUUCAAAAUGGAAAAUUCCAAUAUGAUCCUAUAAGCUAUGCCCUUAACUUCGACCAGGGUUCAAGACGUUACGAAGAUGAUGAUCUUCUGGGAAGGGGUUUCUCAUCCAGGUACUCCCUCCCGCCUUCUUGUAAGUCAUCUAUGGAUUUCGACAAGGAGAGUUUCUUGAUCACAUGA